CAACCAGAAAGAAACAAAAAAAGUGUAUAAUGAAUGCUGUAGAGAAUAUUUAUAUCAGCUAUAAGCCUCAGGAAUUUAUAUAAAAAGGCAACCUACAUCUACUCAUUCUUAGAGUUAGAGUUGCUCAGAGGCAAUAGAUGCUCUAAAAUGUCUUGGUUUUUUACAGUACUCUUUUUGAUCAGUGCUCUCUCACUAAGUACUCCCUCAGAAGCUAGCCAUGAGAAGAAGACCCCAUCUGCAGUUGUUGUAGGCACUGUCUACUGUGACACAUGUUUCCAAGCAGAAUUCUCACAUGCCAGCCACUUCAUUUCAGGGGCUUCUGUUGGUGUUGAAUGCAAAGAUGGGAGUUCAAAACCAAGUUUCCAGACAGAAGUGAAAACAGAUAGCCAUGGAGUGUUCAGAGUUCAACUGCCUUUCUCUGUUAGCAAGCAUGUCAAGAAAAUUGAAGGGUGUUCUGUGAAAUUAAUCAGCAGCAGUGAACCAUAUUGUGCUGUGGCCUCAACAGCCACUUCAUCUUCACUGCAUCUCAAGUCAAGAAAGCAAGGAACACACAUUUUCUCAGCUGGGUUCUUCACCUUUAAGCCUCUAAAGCAGCCAAGCCUAUGUAACCAAAAACCAAGCAUUCAAAACUCCAAGGAAUUCAGUUCUCAGAAAUUCUCAUUUCCUCCAACUGAUGAGCUCACAUUUCCACCACCAACUCAAAACCCCACAAUACCUGAUCUUCCAUCUCUUCCUACACUCCCUUAUCUUCCACCAUUGCCACUACUUCCUCCUCUCCCUCCCCUUCCAGGACUUCCAGGAAUUCCAGGAAUUCCAGUUUUACCCCCCAUUCCUGGUAAAACUACAGAGGCGGGGCAACUAACUCAAAACUCCACAAUACCUGAUCUUUCUCCUCUUCCUACAGUCCCUUUUCUUCCACCAUUGCCACAACUUCCUCCUCUCCCUCCCCUUCCAGGAAUUCCAGGAAUUCCAGUUUUACCCCCCAUUCCUGGUAAAACUACAGAGGCAGGGCAACUAACUCAAAACUCCACAAUACCUGAUCUUUCUCCUCUUCCUACAGUCCCUUUUCUUCCACCAUUGCCACAACUUCCUCCUCUCCCUCCCCUUCCAGGACUUCCAGGAAUUCCAGGAAUUCCAGUUUUACCCCCCAUUCCUGGUAAAACUACAGAGGCAGGGCAACUAACUGAUAAAAAAGUAGCCCACCCAGAUACUUUCUUCCCAGCAAACCCAUUUCAGCCACCAUCAAUUUUGCCUCCAAAUCCACUUGUGCCACAGCCAACUCCACUUAUCCCCAAUCCAUUUCAGCCUCCACCAGCACCAUUAAUUCCCAAUUUGCCCCCAAUACCAGGUUUUACUCCACCAGCAGGCCCAACACCAUUGAUUCCCAACUUGCCACCUAUACCUGGUUUUACUCCAUCACCAUCACCACCACCACCAUCUUUCCCAUUCCUCCCUCCAUUACCAUUCCCACUCCCAUCUAUACCUCGCAUCCCUGGAAUCCCACCUGCUUUUUCUUCUUCUUCUUCAAAGCAAACUACUUCUCCUUGAUAUUAAACAGAAGUGAUUUAACUAUAUAAAUCAUGUUUAAUUAACUCUCAAAUAAUGUCUUUCACAUGUUGGUUAAGUUUGUAUGUAUAAAUUCUUGUAUGGGUUGUGCAAUUAUCAGAAGCAUAUGUAGUAGGGCUUGUAAGUUUAUACUUCGUAAGGAGCAUGUAGUCGACACAGAAUUAUUGUACUUGGAAUAAAGCUAUGGUUCUCAUCAUCUGACAAA